CCUACAGUUGGAUUUUGUCUGUGUACAUAUAGUAAAAUGAAGAAUCUUACGGUAUGUUUAGAAAACCCUUCAUACAAUAAAGACUUGAAGUAAAACCUACGUUAAUGAAUUGUAUCUGCGUGUGGGAAUUAGGAACAAGGUGUUUUGGUAAAGGAAGAAUCCUAACACGAACCCAUCACUGGCACGCUUGCUAGUUGAUUCUGGAUCCAAAAAGCGGUGCCUGCCCACUGUGUUGUUGUGAAGACGGAAGUGAUAGGAGGACUUCCCUCUGGCAAAUAAUUCAUUCCUUUUUGGUAACAGUUAAAGGAAUAGCUACACCGCCGCCUGCCCAGAUAUGACUACUGCGUACAGAAACAGGAUACAGGAAUUCAAAGAAACCUUGAGUGAAGAAAGCAUUAACUUGAAGACACUGAGGGAGCUGUGCUUCAAUGGAAUCCCAUUUGAAGGAGGCAUACGAGCGCUUUGCUGGAAAAUCCUUCUUAAUUAUCUGCCCCUCGACCAGACGUUAUGGGAGUCUUUCCUCAAAAAGCAGAGGGAGGUGUACUCCCAGUUCCUAAAAGAAAUGAUCAUCCAGCCUGGUAUUGCCAAAGCCAACUUGGGCCUUUUCAGAGAAGAUGUGACUAUGGAGGACCAUCCUCUAAAUCCAAACCCGGACAGUAGGUGGAAUAACUAUUUCAAAGAUAAUGAAAUUCUACUACAAAUUGACAAGGAUGUAAGGCGGCUGUAUCCAGACAUGGCGUUCUUCCAGCGUCCUACAGAUUACCCUUGCCAGCUUAUCUUGGACCCUCAGAAUGAUUAUGAGACGCUGCGUCGACGAGUCGAACAAACCACCCUGAAAGCACAAACUGUAAACCGCAACCGCAGUGGAGUCACCAAUGUCAGCUCCCCUGGAAAGGCAUUUAACUUGUAUCCAUCUAAUGAGUACGAAGUGCUGCCCAAUGGGAGCGAAGCACACUGGGAGGUGGUGGAGCGAAUCCUCUUCAUCUAUGCCAAACUCAACCCUGGGAUUGCCUACGUACAGGGUAUGAAUGAGAUUGUUGGGCCAAUUUACUACACCUUUGCUACGGACCCAAACAACCAAUGGAAAGAGCACGCUGAAGCGGAUACAUUCUUCUGUUUCACCAACCUGAUGUCUGAGAACAGAGACAACUUCAUCAAGAGCCUGGAUGACUCUCAGUGCGGCAUCACGUACAAGAUGGAGAGCGUGUACUCAAUGCUCAAAGACAAAGACCUGGAGCUCUAUUUAAAGCUGGAAGAGCAGAACAUCAAACCGCAGUAUUUCACAUUCCGCUGGCUUACAUUGUUGCUAUCUCAGGAGUUCCUCCUGCCAGACGUCAUCCGCAUCUGGGACACCUUGUUUUCUGACCAGGACAGAUUCCACUUCCUCAUCCUGGUCUGCUGCGCCAUGCUCAUACUCAUCAGAGAUAACAUACUGGCAGGAGACUUCACAGUCAACAUGAGAUCACUGCAGGAUUACCCUAUCUCAGAUGUCCACACCAUCCUGAUCAAGGCCAAAGAUCUGCAGGACAACUCCUAACCUGUUCACUGUUUUUCCUCCUGCCUUUUCGGCUCAGAUGUGGUAGGUGAGAGUGUAAACAGUACAAAACAUUGUCACGUCAAACAUGUCCCGUGGAAGGACUUGAUCGAUGAAGAGCUUGGACAGAAAAACCCAGCAAACUGCAUUUUACUCGAUGUCUGACGAUUGCUCAGUGGUGGUCUGCUGUGAAACCUUUUGAGGACAUGUUGAAACUAUUCAUUUCUUGAAGAGAAGAUGCCACUUGCUUUUUGAUGCACAAUGGG